AUGAGGGUGGUGCAGACAUGGUCGGACAAGGUGCCGGAGCGGGACGGAGUGAAGAGCGUAUGUUACGAUGUCGCAUUCAAACCAGAUGGGACGCAGCUCGUGGCGGCCGUGGGCAGCCGCGUGCUCAUGUACGACGCGUUGGAUGGGGACCUCCUCCAUUCGCUCAAAGGUCACAAGGAUGCGGUCUACUGCGUUGCGUACUCGCGGGACGGGAAGCGGUUCGCGUCAGGGGGCGCGGACAAGACCGUCAUCAUCUGGACGCACAAGGCGGAGGGUAUUCUGAAGUACAGCCACAACGACUCGAUACAGAGCUUGGCGUAUAACCCUUUGACGCAGCAGCUGGCGAGUACAACGGCGACAGAUUUCGGGCUGUGGUCGCCCGAGCAAAAGUCGGUAGCCAAGCACAAGGUCCCCGCCAAGGCGCUCUGCUGUGCUUGGACGCUGGACGGACUCCACCUGGCGCUCGGGCUAUACAACGGCGUCAUCACCAUACGCGAUGGGCGAGCCGGGACGGAGGUCGUAUCGAUCCAGCGGGCCGCCCCCGUAUGGGCGCUCGCGUGGUGUCCCCCCGGAAAGGAGGAGAUGGCAGAACAGCUGGCGGUCGGCUGCUGGGACGCUACGCUCAGCUUCUACCGGUUGAAUGGACAACAGAUCGGCAAGGACCGCGCUCUGGAGAGCGACCCGACCAGCCUCGCUUUCACCGGUCCCAACAGCGAGUUCCUUCUGAUCGGCGGUACGAACCGCAAGGUUCUGAUGGCAACUAGGGACGGCACAAUCCUCUGCCCGGUCGCCGAGCGCGACGACUGGGUGUGGUGCGCGCACGCGCGCUCGCGGGGGACGCACGUGGCGGUCGCCUGCCAGGACGGGAGCGUGUCGGUGCACCAGCUUAUACAUAGCACGGUGCACGCCCUAUACCAGGAGCGAUACGCUUUUCGGGAGUCGAUGACGGACGUCGUGGUCCAGCACCUCAUAACCGAGCAGAAGGUGCGCAUACGCUGCAAGGACUACGUGAAGAAGCUGGCGGUUUACAAGGACCGGUUAGCGGUGCAGUUACCGGAACGAGUGCUUAUAUACUCGCUCGCGGGCCCCCCGGAAGAUACGAACGACAUGCAGUACCGGGUGACAGCUAGGAUCGGGGCAAAGCUCGAGUGCAACCUGCUGGUCUUGACGUCAGAGCACGUCAUCCUCUGCCUCGAGAAGAAGCUCCAGCUGUAUAACCUGGACGGAGAGAAAGAGCGCGAAUGGGUUUUGGAGGCGGUUAUCCGGUACAUAAAAGUGGUCGGGGGGCCUCCGGGGCGGGAGGGGUUACUGGUCGGGUUAAAGAACGGGGCGAUCGUGCAGGUGCUGGUGGAUAACCCGUUCGUAACCCAGCUGAUCAAGCACCGGGCGUCGAUCCGCUGCCUGGAUCUCUCGGCGGAACGGCGGAAGCUCGCGGUUGUGGACGAAUCGGCGGCGGUCGUGGUUUACGAUCUCGCCACGAAGGGCGUCCUGUUCGAGGACGCGAACGCGAACAGCGUCGCCUGGAAUGGCGACAUGGAGGAGAUGCUGUGCUACAGCGGUAACGGUCAGCUCAGCAUCAAAACCGGCGACUUCCCGGUAACGGUUCAAAAGCUCCAGGGGUUCGUCGUUGGGUUCCAGGCGUCGAAGGUGUUCUGCCUCCACCUCCAGGCGAUGCAGACGAUCGACGUCCCGCAGAGCUCCAGCAUGCACAACUACCUGACACGUGGCGACAUCGGAGCGGCUUACAAGGUCGCGUGCCUGGGCGUGACGGAUUCUGAUUGGCGCGCGCUUGCAAUGGGGGCGCUGACGGGGAUGCAGUGGGAGAUCGCGAAGAAGGCGCUGAUUCGGAUACGGGACGUGCGGUUGCUGGAUCUGCUGCAUACGAAGCAGGGGGCAGGAAACGCGGGGAAAUUUGGGGGAGGGGACGGGGGGCAGCUGUUCCUCGCGGAGCUGCUGGCGUAUCAGGGCAAGUUCGUGGAAGCCGCGCGCGCAUUCGCGCGCGCAGGUGCGCCCGAGCGCGCGGUCGCGCUUUUCACGGACCUGCGGCAAUUCGAGCUUGCGAAGCAGUGGGCCUCGGAACUGGGCGGGGCGUCGGAUCUCAGCCCAACUUCCGUGGUCGCGAACGGCGUUCCCCGGACGGACGGGGCCUCCAACACGAAGGUCGCGGAGCUGAUCGCGGCGCAGGCCGCUUGGAGCGAGGAGGUCAGCGACUUCCGCGCGGCCGCCGAGAUGUACCUCCAGGCGGGCCAGCCCGAGACUGCAAUCGCCAUCCUCGCGCGCCACAAAUACACCGACCGCCUCAUUGACGUCAUGCGCGGCCUUUCCGCGUCAGAAUCCGACCGGAAGGCGCUCGCCGCGUGCGCGGCCGCGCUUGCACGCGCUGGGCAGAAGACAGCCGCGAUCGAAGCGAACCUGAAGCUGGGCGACUUUGACGCGGCGAUCGGGCUACACUUGGAGCAAGAGCAGUGGGACGAGGCCGUCGGGCUGCUCGCGCGCGCGCCGGAGCGGCGGGCGCAGGUGCACGGCGCGCGCGCUCGGGCGUUCGCGGCUGCGGACCGCUUUGAGGACGCGCGCGCGGCGUACAAAGCCGCGGGGCUCCCGGAGCAAAGCCUACGGAUGCUUGCGCAGUUGGCGGAGAACGCGGUGACGGAGCGGCGCUUCAAAGACGCCGCGCAGUUCCUGCACGCGGCCGCGGCGGAGCGCCUCGAGGCCGCGCACUUCGCCUGCGAGCGCGCAGCGCGCGCCCGCGAGCUCGCGGCUUUCUGGGCGGCCCGGCGCGCGGCCGAGGCGUACUACGCGUACCACGCGAUCCACCACAGUACGGACCAGCCGUUCCGGACGGUCGGACCCGAUGCGCUUCUGCAUGCGGCGCUUUUCGUUCUGUCCCGGGCAAAAGACAUUCCCCCCGGGGUAUCGCUCGUCUACGUUUUGCAAACGGUCGUGAAGCAGGGGGAGGCGCUCGGGGCGUUCAAGCUGGCGAGCUUCGCGGCGGAGCGGCUCCAAGGGAUGCGCCUUCCGAGCGCCACGUGGCAGGACGAGGUGGACCUGGCGGCGCUCGCGCUGCGGCGGCAGCCGCCGCGCGACUCGGAGCACCUGCUGAGCCCGUGCGCGCGCUGCGGCGCGCCGCUCCCGCUCUUCUCCGCGCAGUUCGAGCAGUGCGCCGGGUGCGGCCACGCGGUCUUCCGCUCGUUCGUCACGUUCGAGGCCCUGCCGCUGCUCGAGUUCGCGCCGGAAGAGGGCGUCUCGCACUCUGAGGCGGUGCAACUGCUGGAGGAAGAGGGCCUUUUCGACGGCGCCGAGGAGCCGCAUAUGCGCGGCCGCCAGCAGCGCCACCCGGGGGACGUCCAAACCCUGCGCCUCGACGACGACGAACCGCCGUCCAUCAGCGGUAACGGCAUUCCGAGCGGUAAGGCGUCUCUGGGCGCGACGGCCGGGGAGCUGAUGCGGCGGCAACUAGAGGGGGGCGGCGUGGUGCGUGCGGACCGUGCGAUGCUGCGCGCAAUGCGGCGCGCGGACGUUCUGAUCUUGGAGUGGCCUACGGACGUCCUACCGGUCCGGUACCUGUGCAUGGUCGACCCGGACGUACCGGUCGCAAUCUGCGGUUCGUGCAACCAGCUGUUCGAGGAGGAGGAGUGGGAGAUGGCGCUGCUAGAGCACGCCACGUGUCCUUUUUGUCGAGAGGAGGGCGACCGGCCGCCGUCGUUUCCGCCUCGACCGGAGCCGGAAGCGGAAGCGAGGCUCAGCGGAAACGGGGUCGAAAUGGAGAACGGCACCACGCGGCCCGGGACGGGAAAGAAGCGGCCAGGGGGAUCCCCCGGGCGCCCGGGCACUGCUUCCGCCAGGCCGGGGACGGGGGCCGGGCGACCCACCUCUAGUUGGGGAAAACAAGCAGCGGGGUUGAGGCCGGGAAGUAGUGCGGGACGGGCGAAGUCGGUUCUGUCCAGUAGUACAAACGGAAUCCAGGCGGACGGAAUACAGGGGUGGAGAGGGAGCCGGAACUCGUCGGAACGGCUGAGCAACGGCGGGAUGGAAGAUCCGGUGUUCGUUGGUCGGCUCUCCAGUCAAAGCAGACGAUAA